GCCCUUCGCGGUGGCCGUCGGGGGCGACGCGUCCUAACAGCGCCAGACGGAAGCGCCGCUGGACUGACACGUGGCCUUGGGCGGUGCUGCCCGUGUGGGUCGGACGGCGGGAGCCCAACCUGGACGCGCUAAGCCCUGUGCCCGCGGACGGCCGCCCCCGAUGCAGCCGCAGCCGCUGCCCCUGGAGGAGGCCCGCGGGGACGGGGCCGAGAACACCCAGUGGUCCAGACCCAAUCCAGGAUCCUCCCUUCCAUCCAGUCCCAGGGCCAGCGAGUGCCCCUUGAGCCCUCUGCAGGCCUCCAGACCCUAGAUGGUGGAGAGCCAGCUCACAGGCACAGCUGGGAGUCCUAGGACUGACCCUGCCAGGCCCGAGUGCCAGACGUGGACGGCGACGCUGCUGCUGGGCACGUGCCUGCUGUACUGCGCCCGCGUCAGCGUGCCCGUGUGCACCGUGUCCCUGAGCCAAGACUUCGGCUGGAACAAGAAGGAGGCCGGCCUCGUGCUCAGCAGCUUCUUCUGGGGCUACUGCCUGACGCAGGUGGUGGGCGGCCACCUUGGGGACCGGAUCGGCGGGGAGAAGGUCAUCCUGCUGUCCGCCUGCGCCUGGGGCUUCCUCACCGCCGCCACCCCGCUGCUCGCCUACCUCAGCGGCGCGCACCUGGUCUUCAUGACCUUCUCACGCAUCCUCACGGGCUUGCUCCAAGGCGUGUACUUUCCGGCGCUGACCAGCCUGCUGUCCCAGAAGGUGCGAGAGAGCGAGCGAGCGUUCACCUACAGCACCGUGGGGGCCGGCUCCCAGUUUGGGAUGCUGGUGACAGGGGCCGUGGGCUCCCUCCUCCUGGACCGGUACGGCUGGCCAAGUGUCUUCUACUUCUCGGGUGGCCUCACGCUGCUGUGGGUGUGUUACGUGUACAGGUGCCUACUGAAUAGAAAAGACCUCAUCCUGGCCUUGGGCAUCUUGGCGCAAGGCCUGCCGAUGUCCAGGCACACCAAAGUUCCCUGGAGACAGCUUUUCCGGAAGCCUUCAGUCUGGGCAGCCGUCUCCUCCCAGCUGUCGUCGGCCUGCUCCUUCUUUGUCCUCCUGUCCUGGCUUCCCACCUUCUUUCAGGAGACGUUCCCCAGCUCCAAGGGUUGGGUCUUCAACGUGGUGCCUUGGCUGGUGGCGAUUCCCGCCAGUCUGUUCAGCGGGUUUCUGUCUGAUCAUCUUAUCAAUCAGGCCGCGCCGGCUGGGACCCAGCAGGGGCCGUCGGGGGCUCAGCACAAAUGGGCCGACGGGACCGUCUCCCCGUCUCCCCCCCGCUCAGGUUACAGGACCAUCACCGUGCGGAAGUUCAUGCAGGUGAUGGGCCUCGGGCUGUCCAGCGUGUUUGCCCUGUGUUUGGGUCACACCUCCAGCUUCUGUACGUCUGUGGUCUUUGCAUCUGCAUCCAUUGGCCUGCAGACCUUUAACCACAGUGGCAUUUCAGUCAACAUCCAGGACCUGGCUCCGUCCUGUGCCGGCUUUCUGUUUGGUGUGGCCAACACAGCUGGAGCCUUGGCAGGUGUCGUGGGCGUGUGCCUGGGGGGCUAUCUCCUCGAGACCACAGGCUCCUGGGCGUCCAUGUUCAACCUGGUGGCCGCCGUCGGCAGCCUGGGGCUGUGCACGUUCCUGCUGUUUGGAGAAGCCCAGCGAGUGGACCUGAGUCCUGCCCACGAGGACCUCUAGCUGCCCCUGCCCUACGGUUCCUUCAGUGCCAUCUCCCUUGGGUGACAGGCUCUGUUUGCGAGCCUCCCACUCCGGACGGAGCAAGCAGAGGGAGGGUGAGCCGGAGCC